CAUAAAUUACAAGGCCACGGUGCUCCGAGGCACUACUUACUGCGCCCACGCACUCGCCCCACGCCCGAACCCUACCCCUGCUACUGCCGCUGCAUAAUACAUGACCUCGCAGGCAUACGCCUGAGCCGCCGCAGCCCCAGGGAUUUUGAGUUCACACCUGACCCGAGGGCCGGCCGGCCGUUGAAAGGUUGGGCGCCGCCCGGGCCCGCACCCGGAGCCCCGGCGGCCCGGAGGCAGUAGCCCAUAGCCAUAUGCUCGGCAACGCGGGGGGCCAGCAGCAGGCGAGCCGCACCGGGCGCUCGCUGCGCGGCCUGGGUGUGGCCGCGAGCUGCCUGCCGCUGGUGCUGUUCGCGGCGCUGCUCGCGGCUGCCUAUUACACCGGCCGCGACAACGUCUUGCCGCCAGUGGCGGAUGCAGCAGACAGCAGCAGCGCGGCGGGAGCGGCGGGCGCAAGGCAGCGCGGGCUCUGGGUGCCCACGCGCCAGCGCAACCACCCAGGGGGAGUUGUCCAGCAGCGGCCGCCGCAGCAGUCGCAGCAGCGCGUGACCCUGGUUGACUCGACGCCGCGGGCGGACCCCGCGGCAGCACUGAAAACACACGCCGCCACGCCGCACGCCCAUAACAGCGGCGGCAGCAGACGGCCUCGGACCGGGCCCAACCCUGGCACCGCGGCUGCAGGAGCGGCUGCAGAUGCUGGUGCCCAGACGUCCGCAGCGUCCGGCGGCUUGCUACAGCCACAUCGCCCUAGCAUCGGGCCCAUCACCAGCACUAACAGCGGUGGUGCUGCUGGGGGCCGGGCGGCGACCGCCUCAGUCUUGCCGCUGGCGGCUCCGCGGCUGCCAGCCCCUCCGGCACGCCCCCAGCCACCCAUGCCCGCAGGUCCGUUGGCAGCAUCUCUCAGCCUGCGGUACGUGGUCCCACAGGCCCACAACGCCGCAGCGCACCAGCAGCAACACCAGCUGGGCGCAACCACACCAGCAGCAGCUGCAACAGCAGCAGGCGGUCGAGCCCCAGCAACGCCGCCGCCAGCGCAGCCAAAGGCAGCAGCUCAACAGCAACAGAACCCCUCCCUCCGCAAGGGCCCGGUGCCUAGCGGCGGCCUGCCGCCUGUGGUGCGGCCGCAGUCGCUGUCCCAGCUGCGCAACCCGCCGCCGCCUCAGGCCCCAGUGCCGCCAGAGCAGCCGUCGGUGUCGGCGGUCUGCGCUGCGCUGCUUGGGGAGGUGGCCGCAGCUGGCAGCGGUGUGGGAGGUGACGGGGCGUCGGGGGGGACGGCUGCUGCAGGCGAGACAGCGGCGACGGCUGCGGCAGAGUUCGCAUACCACAUGGUUGUGUUGGCGUCACCCCGGGUGCACCAGGGACGCUACCUGUCCAGCACACUGCUGUCAGUGGCGGCUGCAAACGCCCGGCCCACCACCCUCACCGUCCUGUGGGCGGACUAUGCACCCAAUCGCUCGGACGAGCCACAGCCACAGCCGCAGCCACAGCCACAGCCACAGCCACAGCAGCCCGGUAGCGGCACCAUGAGCCGCGCAACCACCCAGCCAGUCAAACCAGCAACAGCAACAGCAACAGGGCCUGAGGUCUCAGCAGGCACUCAUGGCGGCGGCGACGGCCAUGCUUCCGGCGGCAGCCAGGCCGAUGAGCUCGAGUCCGACACAUCUGCGGAGGAAGACGUGGAUGUGGAGCUGCUGCAGCAAAUCCUCAUGCCGGUCCCGGGCACAGCAGCAAAGCCUGUGGCGACACAGCCCGCCCCGGCGGCGAAUGCCACAACCAGCGGGGGCAACGGUGGGGCGGGCACCAGCGGCAGGAGGCUCCAGGCAGCCGCCGGCAAGGCCACUGCAGGCCCCAGCAGCGCAACCUCUUCUGCCUCGGUCUCUUCGGACUUCAACUCCGUCUUCAGCCUGCUGUCAAAUCUGGAGCUCUAUAUCCGGCCCCGGCCCCGCACCCGUACACGCCCCGGCGAGGCGAGGCACUCGCCGCUUUGCCGUGAUGCCCGCCGGCCGCCGCCGCCCUUCCCGCACCUGCGCCUGCGCUACCUGCCCACCGGCGUGCGAACGGGCGACGUGCUAGCAUCCUACUACCAGUCCUUUCUGGCGCCCGACCAGGCUUGCGAACAGCUAACUGGCGCGAGCCCACGUCGGAAUAUUGCUGACGAGCUGGGGGAGCCGGAGCUGAGCGACCUGCCACUGCUGGUGCUGGAGGGCGAUGUGCUGCUGGCGCCCAACUUCGGCGACCGCAUGGACUGCGUGCUGGCCAUGAUGCAGGGCCUUCCUCGCGGCGGCCGCAACCAUAGCUCCACCAACCCGCCCGAUGACGAGUCCAGCGGUGAUACCAGCCCCUGCGGCUCCGCCAGCCCCGCGAACCAUCUGGUGCGGCUGCGGCGCUACCGCGGCCCCGACUUCGCCUCCAGCAUGUACGACCCCGGUAUGGUCCCGGCGACCGUGGCAGAGGUCAUGCGCCUGUACGAGCGCCAGCAGCAGCACCGGGAGCAGGAGGGGAAGCAGGUGGGGAAGCAGGAGGAGAGGAGGGCGACGGAGGAGCAGGCGGGGGAGGGCGGCAGCGCGCGACUGACGCUGGUGCCCAACCUGUGGUCCUGGGGCUCACAGGGCCUGCUGUACUCGGCGGGUGUGCGGCGCAGUGUGAUGGCGCACUACCGCGAGCUCAUGGCGGGCUGUGCGCCGCAGGACGGACUGCAGGACAUUGAGCUGGUCCGGCACCUGGAGGCGCGGGGCUGUGCCGGCAUCCCGCCACUGCCGCCCGUGCGCUCCAAGCCCUCCGCCUCCGGCGCCGCCUGUGAGCCGCGUCGGGUUCACGGCGACCGACUGGAGGAGACUCUGCGCCUAGGCCUGCGCCUGUGGCCCCGGCACGCCGUGACACACAACACCUCACUGACCUCAGCAGCGAGCACGGCGGCAGCGGGAGCAGCAGGAGGUGCAGCUGCUGCUGCUGCUGGCGGCGCCGCCGCCGCUGACCCCACCAGCAGCAGCCCUAGCAGCACGGGCAGCGGCGGGAGCGGCGCAGCUGCUGGUGCAGCCUUAGGUGGUGGUGCAGGAGACGGAGCUGCGGUUGGGGAUGCGCAUGGGUAUGGGAGUGGGGGUGGGGAGCGGUGUUACCUGUUCACGGUGCGGCCGGCAAUGGUGCAGCACGUGGGAGCCGCCAGCGCGCUGUUCGGCGCCGUGUCGCAGCGGUUCCACGUGGCCAUGACCUUUCCAGAGCGCGUGGCCAUCCCGGGGCUUGACCGCGAGGACACGUGGUGAGCGGCUGAGCGCGAUGUGGGUCGGCCCUAGCUAUGUAUGGCGCCUUGUGGGUCGGGCUGCGAUUGUGGGUGGGGGUUGCGCAGGCGCUGCGGAACGUCAGGCUCGGGCUCGGCUGAAGGACCAGAGACGCUAGGGAGCUGGUGUGUGGAGGGGAGAGACGCUAUCAGGGAGACCACGUAACUAGUACCGUAACUUGACCUGCGAAAUCAGGACCUGGGUCUCCUGCAGCCACGGCGGGCGCGUGUAUGGUACUGUGGCGUAGGCCACCCCUGGCGUAGGCCGUGGGGCGGUGCGGAGGGAGUGGUGACGCACCUGGCGCGCUUUGGACACGGCUAGCGCUUGUUAACUUGUAUGCUAAGUUAUCAUUUCGAUGACAAGAGCUACGGCAGGCAUGGGUCGCUGUAACUGUAAGGCAGCGUCGCACGGGCGUUUGCUGGCUAAGGAGCGUGCUAGCGCAAGGCGCCGACGUGCAGGGUCCAAGGAAGUCCAGGAAGUCAGACUAGAAGUUGACUGGUCCCAAGUCACUGCGGCAGGAAAAGCCUGCACCGUAAGUCACAGUCGCAAGUAUGAAGGACAGUUAGCUGCUGCUUUGUUGCUUUCAUGCAUUGAAUUGGUAUGCGAGACAUGCUGCCAGCACAUGUGCUGCUUCCUGUGCCAAACGGGGCGGGCUGCGGGUUCAGGAACUUUAGAUCGAUAA